AUGACCGAAAUCAAGCCUGCCGUCUCAGUUGCCUCUUCUGAAUGGAAUGAGGUUGAGAAACCCGGAAAUGAAAUUACAAGCCCUAAGAUGCCCUGCUCGACUCACGGGCCAAGCCAGUGCCCACGGGUUGACACAGAGGUCCAAAAACAGCAAACAACGGCACUCAUAAAUGCUUUGAUACAAGGGUUGAGCGAUCUCAAAGACACCGGAGGUUGCACCCGAUGCACGGUGGAGAACGUCUCAGCUCUACUCACGGGCCACAUUCGAGAUAUCAGGACCGCCAAGCAGAAUGGGGAAUGGACCAAGACCGAAAGAAAGGCACUCAAGGCGGAAACUAAAGCGUUGUUCAAGCCGAUGAAAAAGGACCUCAAAAGACUAUGGAAAGAACGGAGUUGA